GGCAGACCCGCGAUCACCGAGGCGGCCUCGCGCCCCCUCGUCCCUUCCCCGUCCCUCCCCUGCCCCUGUUCCCGCCCCGGGGGCCGCCUCCACCUGCCUCCCACGAUGGCUCUGAAGAGAAUCCACAAGGAAUUGAACGACCUGGCACGGGACCCCCCAGCACAGUGUUCAGCAGGUCCCGUUGGAGAUGAUAUGUUCCAUUGGCAAGCUACAAUAAUGGGGCCAAAUGACAGUCCCUAUCAGGGUGGAGUAUUUUUCUUGACAAUUCAUUUCCCAACAGAUUACCCCUUCAAACCACCUAAGGUUGCAUUUACAACAAGAAUUUAUCAUCCAAAUAUUAACAGUAAUGGCAGCAUUUGUCUUGACAUUCUACGGUCACAGUGGUCUCCAGCACUAACUAUUUCAAAAGUACUUUUGUCCAUCUGUUCUCUGUUGUGUGAUCCCAAUCCAGAUGAUCCUUUAGUGCCUGAGAUUGCUCGGAUCUACAAAACAGAUAGAGAAAAUAUAUUUUCCAACAGCUUUAGGUCUUCUGCUUGGCUUUUGACGUGUAAAGAUUUUGCAUCAAGAGCCCAUUUGUCUUAGGUACAACAGAAUAGCUCGGGAAUGGACUCAGAAGUAUGCGAUGUAAUUAAAGAAAUUAUUGGAUAACCUCUACAAAUAAAGAUAGGGGAACUCUGAAAGAGAAAGUCCUUUUGAUUUCCAUUUGACUGCUUUCUAUGAGCCCACGCCUCAUCUUCCCCUGUGCACAUGUUUACCUGAUACAGCAGUGCUGCGUGUUGUACAUACUUGGAACAACAAACUAGAAAUACUGUACUUCUGUACCAACAUUGCCUCCUAGCAGAGAAGUGUGUGUGUGACAAGCCAGUUCUCCAGGCAUAACCUAGGUGUGAGACUAAAAGCUUUCCUUAUUGACUUAAAUUUGGAUAACGGCAGAGUGAGGGGUGGUGGGUAUGGUGUGUGCUUGGAUGGGGAAGAAAAGCUCCACUGACCUGUAGGAGAUUGUUUUUUAAGUGAAAUCCCAUUAAACUCAAAACAGUUAUGAAAAGCAAGGUGAAGAACAUGAAGCUGUUUCUGUAUUCAUUUUAUUCCGAAGGACUUAACGUUUUAGGUGAAAGUUAUGACCAAUCAGAUUAAACUCUACCUACAUCCUGUAUUUUAAGGUCUAAGUUUAACUGGUCAACAUUUAAAUGGAUUGGAGCUAUUAGUAAGUAAAGUGUGAUGGGCUUUGUUUCCAACUCUUUUACAUCUCCCCACCUUUCAACCUUCAUCCUUCAGCCCCUCUUUCUCUCUUCCAUACUCUUUGGUUUGUAUGUGGUUUCUCAGUUAAUACAUAGCUAAUAGCUCUUAUUUUUCUUAUGUUUUUAACUGCUUAGGUCUAUCUGGAUGUAAGGGUGAAAAUUCAUUCGAUGGAAAUACUUGUGUAUAUUUAAAGACCCAAUUGCUCCUCUGGAGCCUGUACGUUCAAGAAUGAUUAAUCUGUGUAAUAAACUGAUUACUACAGUCAUUACAUAUAA